AAAAGGAGCUCAUCUCUCCACACUUUUAGAGAAAGAAAGAAGAGAGAGAAAGCGUUGUGCUCCUCAUCCUUCAUCCUCUCUUCGCUUCUUAUUCACCCAGGUACGCUUUCUCUCUCAUCGUCCAUAUUCCUCUAUCUCUAUCUGUCACUUUAUCUCUCUCUAUGUCUCUCCAGUGAUAUCUCAAACUGUUCUCUCUCUUUUUCUCCUUUAGCGCCUAGCAUCACAGAGUUGGGUUUGUACCCUGUUUCUGGAUUCUUGAUAUAAGCUCCAGGUACCGAUGAUUAUGGAUCCUGAUCUCAUAAACUUUUCAAACAUAUUGAGUGGGUUCAAAGUAGAUGGGUCUCUUGCAAAUGAAAAUGUCAUGGAUCUCCCUCUCCUUUCACCUGAACCCCAUGUCACUUCUCAGUCCAUCUCUAGCGUUGAUGGAGAAUCACCAGAGGACUCUGAGUUUUUCUCUGAUAUAGUCUUGAAUUACAUAAGUGACAUGCUCAUGGAAGAAAACAUCGAAGAAAAGCCUUGUAUGUAUCAGGAGGGCUUGUCUUUUCAAGCCACUGUAAAACCCUUCUAUGAUAUACUAGGAGAGAAAUACCCACCUUCUCCUGAUCAACCCCCUCUAUACCCUGAUUUAGAAAGCCCUGAAUAUGCCAGUGCAAACACUGAAGAGAACAGUAAUAGUGAUACUAGAAUCAGGAGUGUUACCAGUGAAGAUGCCACAAAUUCUAUUUGGGAUUCCCCAGAUUAUUUCCAUUCUGAUAAUAGCCUCAAAACUCAUUUGCCACUUAGGUUGCCUGUUGAUUGUAAUUCUCAAGUGUCUUUCACUUCAUCAAGUAGUGGGAGUAGCGGUACUAGAGAUGGAUUGGAUGAAUCUCCGAUUUAUAACAUCACUGUCCCUGAAGUACCAAAUGAAACCCACCGCUUUUGGCAAGUUAAUAGAGGAGUUGAGGAUGUGAAGAAGCUCCUUCCUAAGGGGGGAAGCCUGGUUUUUGGCCCGGAGAGUAAUGGAUUUGGUUUCUAUGCCUCUAAUGUCAAUAUAAAGGUUGAGAAUGAAGAGAACGAUUAUCGAAAGAAGGAAGAGAGAGAUGACAACAAGAGGAGGCAAAAGAACCCUCACAAUAGGGAUGAUUUAGGAUUGGAAGAGGGGAGGAGUAACAAGCAAUCUGCCAUUUAUUUGGAGAGGGAUGUAAGGUCUGAGACCUUCGAUAAUGUCUUGCUUUGUGGAGGAGGCAAAGGCCGGCCGUUUUCACUCUUCCAAGAAGAAGCCUUACAUGAUGGGGUGGCAAAGCUGACUCUGAACGGGACCCCAAAAGGAUCCAAUAGCUCAAAAUCUCGGAGCAAGAAACAAAGUAACAAGAAAGAGGUGGUGGAUCUCCGAUCCCUUCUAAUUCACUGUGCUGAAGCUGUGGCUACUGACGAUCGAAGAAGUAUUAAUGAACUCUUAAAGCAAAUUAGGCAACACUCCACUCCCUAUGGUGAUGGAUGCCAACGCUUAGCUCAAUGCUUUGCUGAUGGAUUAGAGGCACGCCUAUAUGGGACCGGUAGCCAAAUAUUCCAUGCGACUUCUAUCUUCAACAAGAGGACCACAGCUGCCGAUGUAUUGAAAGCUUAUCAUCUCUAUGUAGCUGCCUGCCCGUUUAAGAAAAUCUCGCAUUAUUUUGCGAACCAAACUAUCAUGGAUGUGGCUGAAAAUGCUUCGAGCCUUCACAUAGUAGACUUUGGGAUCUUUUAUGGGUUUCAAUGGCCAUGCCUAAUCCAACGGCUCUCUACAAGGCCUGGUGGGCCUCCGAGGCUCCGGAUCACUGGGAUCGAUUUCCCACUACCUGGGUUUCGGCCCCAAGAGAGGGUGGAUGAGACAGGCAAGAGAUUAGCAGAUUAUGCAAAGUCUUUCAAUGUUCCAUUUCAGUAUAAUUCCAUAGCUUGCAAGUGGGAGAACAUAAGGAUCGAGGACCUUAAGCUUGAUAAAGACGAUGUGCUUGUCGUGAAUUGUCUUUUCAGGCUUAGGAAUUUGGUAGAUGAGACAGUGGUGGUGGAUAGCCCAAGGAAUAUAAUGCUUAACACUAUCAGGAAGAUGAACCCAAAUGUUUUUAUCCAUGCCACUAUUAAUGGGGCAUACAGUGCCCCUUUCUUUGUCACUCGCUUUCGAGAGGCGUUCUUCCACUACUCAGCAUUGUUUGAUAUGCUCGAGGCGAAUGUGGCCAGGGAGCAUCCUCAAAGGAUACUUAUAGAGAGAGAAAUAUUUGGAAAAGAGAUUUUGAAUGUGAUUGCUUGUGAAGGGGUGGAGAGGGUCGAGAGGCCUGAGACUUAUAAACAAUGGCAGGUUAGGACACAGAGGGCUGGUUUCGUUCAAUUACGAUUGAAUCGGGAGAUCGUGAAGAGAGCGAGGGACCGGGUCCAGAUGCACUAUCACAAGGAUUAUGUAGUUGAUGAAGAUGGACAAUGGAUGCUGUUGGGAUGGAAGGGGAGGAUCAUCCAUGCUUUAAGCACAUGGAGACCUCAUGCGAGAGAAAUGUAUUAAAUUAUGCAUAGGUGAUACUUGUUUGCUAGGAGCUCAUACUGGGGGUGGUCUUUUCUCUCCCCUAGAAGUGACACCUCUUUAGGGGUUCCAAUCCCCUUGAUCUAAAUGAGAACUGCCUGUGCUUAUGCUCUCCCUGUUAAUGACCGGCAGCUACAAUACAUGCUUUUCUGCACUUUUGGGCUGCAUGCAUGUUGGAUUGUGUUCGACGAGGAGUUCGCUAAUCCUAGGAACCCCAAUUGGUUGGCCCCUUCAUGACAAAGCAUUUGACAUGGUAUGCAUCGUUUUUGAAAUGGAAGCACCUCUUUCUCUCUCUCUCUUUCUCACAGCUACAUCUGGAUAUGAGCUAGUUCUAAGGAAGACAUGGUCAUGCAAUUCAUAGGAAACGCUUGAAUGUGGUGACAGAUGGAUGCUCGUGAUCAUGGCUCCGAUUCUUCUGAUACUGAUUUUACGGCAAUUCUCUUAAGAAGUCUCUUUUGUCUUCUAGGAAGUGUAGGCAUUAUCUUAGACUGUAAAUGAUCAGGAAUUUCAGAUUUUAAUGGUUGAUUGUUAGAGUCCACUUAUUGGCUAACCACAUGUUGUACUAGCCUAUUUAUAAUUCAAAGUAUUUUGUUAGCCGCCGAGCAUGAGAAUCUCUUUGCUUCUCUUUAGUGUUUUUGCUAAAUGGAAUAAUAGUCUUUCA